AUGACGACAAUGGACCUUCGUGUCGGUAACAAAUACCGCAUCGGACGCAAGAUUGGAAGCGGUAGUUUUGGUGACAUCUACCUUGGUACUAACAUCAUCUCCGGCGAGGAGAUUGCCAUCAAGCUUGAGAGCGUCAAGGCCAAGCACCCUCAGCUCGAGUAUGAGGCUCGCGUGUACAAGUCUCUCGCUGGCGGUGUCGGCAUCCCCUUCGUCCGUUGGUUCGGAACCGAGUGCGAUUACAAUGCCAUGGUCCUGGAUCUCCUUGGCCCUUCCCUGGAGGAUCUGUUCAACUUUUGCAACCGCAAGUUUUCCCUGAAGACGGUGCUUCUUCUCGCCGAUCAGCUCAUCUCCCGCAUCGAGUACAUCCAUGCCAAGUCCUUCAUCCAUCGCGACAUCAAGCCGGACAACUUCCUUAUGGGCAUCGGCAAGCGGGGAAACCAGGUCAACGUGAUCGAUUUCGGAUUGGCAAAGAAGUACCGUGACCCCAAGACUCACUUCCACAUCCCUUACCGUGAGAACAAGAACCUCACUGGUACCGCCCGUUAUGCUAGCAUCAAUACACACUUGGGCGUCGAACAAUCCCGCCGUGAUGACAUGGAGUCCCUUGGAUAUGUCAUGCUCUACUUUUGCCGUGGAUCCCUUCCCUGGCAAGGACUGAAGGCUGCCACCAAGAAGCAGAAAUACGACCGUAUCAUGGAGAAGAAGAUGACCACUCCGACUGAGGUACUUUGCCGAGGCUUCCCGAACGAGUUCGCCAUCUAUCUGAACUACACCCGCUCGCUCCGCUUCGACGACAAACCCGACUACUCCUACCUGCGCAAGAUCUUCCGUGAUCUGUUUGUCCGUGAGGGCUUCCAGUACGACUAUGUCUUCGACUGGACUGUCUACAAAUACCAGAAAAAUGCCCAGGCCAUCGCUGCGGCCGACAAGGACAAGCCCGACACGACAAACGCUGCGCAGGCUCCUACCAACACCACGAAGCGUGUCGCCACGCGUCCAGAAGGCGCCAGCGGAAUGUGA